UUGAACAUUGGUCGGUGGAGCUCGGCGGGUGUUUACGAGUCUUGCACAGAGCUACUUGAGAUGGGAAAUGCCAACAGUCUGAAGCACCACCUUGAAAAUGCACAAAAGACAGGGGUUUGUGCUCUACCCAAGCGUGGCCUCUCUGAGGUGCCGCCCGAGCUUUUGAAGGUAGCAGCCAACCUGAGAACGCUCGACCUGUCGGAGAACAAACUAACGGCUCUUCCUAGAGCCAUGGAGGCUUUUCCUCAGCUGAAGCACCUAAACUGCUGUCAAAACAGAUUGGGCCAGCUGCCUGAGAGUCUCGGAGACCUGGCGAAGCUAGAGACGCUGCUACUAUCCGGCAACAAGAUCACUGCGCUCCCGGCGUCGGUCAGCAGUCUGAAGCACCUGAAGACCGUCAACAUGAGACUCUACCCCUGGAACUUCUCGUCGUUUAAGUAUGUAUGCGUCUCCUACCGCGCCUAA